GUCAGGGCCACCUCGAUCGAGUGUGAGCUGGUGUUGGAAGUGGAACUGAGACGAGAUGCUCCACGUCACUCCGCCACGUCCAGCUUUGUUUUCGCGUCAACGACCGCGGUGAAUACUCUUCGACUCCGUAUUUUACAUAACGUUGUCCUUGACCCCGUACGAGAUCAUUAACGGAUUACUACCUAUCCUUGAGCGAUUAAUCCAGUGGCUCCCCAGCAAAAUACUUACUUCUUGCAAGAAGGGACGGAGGUCGCAAACCUCACACGGCUUUUAGGCUUCAACCAGACAUAACAAUGUCAACGAGCCAAAACCCCCGCCCGCGUCGCAUUGACGAUGCCCUCUCCCAGCUUGUCGAUUCCCUUCUUCCCCCCUUCCCGGUUCCAGACGACAUCUCCACCGAAGCUGAGGAAGCCAUUGUCGAGGCUGAGGAGGAGCGACACGACAGAUACCUCUCCCGUGUCUGGCGCAUGCUCGACACGCACACCAAGUCAGCAGCCAGCGACCCGUCUGCGGAGAAUAUAAAUAAUGCGUCUGACUUGAUCAAGCGGAAGCUGCUUCGCGAAAACGCCAGCCCCGACAAAGCCGUUCGGUUCUCGAAUCUCUACUCCCGUCUGUUGACCCAGCCUGUGUUGUCGCAGAAAUGGGCAAUUCUAUACCUGCUCUACCAGCUAUCGAACUCGGAUGAGGAUAGGGAUAAUGACGUGGAUGACCGUGAGAGGAGUAGGAGUCCGUUGAUGGAGGAGGGGAAUCUGCAGAACAUGACAUCUUGGGGACAGAGGGCAAGACGAUUGACAGGAACGAGAUUGGGGGAGAGCUCAGACGAUGAGGGACCGGCUAUCAAUUCCUCGGCAUCACAGAUGCCUGCUCGAGCGGGUAGAAGGGAUUCCUUCAGAGUGGAUAUUAAAGAAAAAGAAAAUGAGAAGGAGCUUGCACCGCCGUUUAUUACUCAAAGGGCCAGGGGGAAGUCAUGGAGCUAUUCUCAUACCCCCGAGCCUGGGGUGAAGGAGAAAAAUGUGAACGAGCUGAAAGAAUCUAUUGUGGAUGAUAGCGAAACCCCAGCUGAGCCUUUGGAGCAUGCGCUUCUGCGCGACCUUCCCUAUAAUCUGCAGGGCAUAUCUUCCUUGAACUUGAAGUUUUCAUCGCCGUCAGUCUUGACAUUACCCCCAUCUAUCCCGAUUCCAAUGGUUUCACUCUUAAACACUCUUUCCGAGCCGUGCCUGCUGUACAAAGGUCUAUCAAGUUUUGUCGAAAAGUCGGACGGGGGCCUAGUCAUACAGAGCUUGCGCGCCGCGAUUGCGAGUGAGCUUCGUUCUUACUUGGGCUUGGUUGCUACACUGGAGGGUGAGACUCGACGGGCGCUGGCCGCAGCUGGAGAGUCGGGUGAGCUAAAGAGUAUGCUUAAAGGCGGAGUUACAUUGCGACGGUUUGUGGUGUGGACUAGGGAUGCCACGAUGGCAUUGCGAUUAAUGUGUCUAAUCGUCGAAGAAGCUCAAGACAAAAAGGGAGGCCAGUUGAUCUCUUUAAUUCACGGCUUCUCAAGCUCUCAUGGGGAUCCGUUUGUCUGCGCCUUUGCUGAGAAGCUCCUUACUCAUAUCACCCGGCCAUUCUACGAUAUGCUGCGGCUGUGGAUAUACGAUGGCGAGCUGUCAGAUCCGUAUCGCGAGUUCUUCGUUGUGGAGCCGGAGUUCAGACCGAGUACAGAUCCGCGCCGCAUUGCGUCCAGUGUCUGGGAAGACAAGUACAAGCUGGACGACGAUAUGGUGCCGUCGAUAAUUACCCAAGAGUUCGCCAAGAAGAUAUUUCUCAUUGGGAAGUCGUUGAACUUCAUCCGGUACGGCUGCGGCGACUCUGCGUGGGUUGAAGCCUACUCGAAAGAAGCGUCCAAAGAAUUGCGAUACGGCGACACGGCUAGCUUGGAGAUAUCUAUUGAUGAAGCUUACAAAACUACCAUGGCACGACUCAUCCAUUUAAUGGACGACAAGUUCAAACUGUUCGAUCAUCUCAGGGCGCUGAAGAAGUAUUUGCUGCUAGGGCAGGGUGACUUUAUUGCCGUGUUGAUGGAAUCGCUGGCCUCGAACCUUGAUCGUCCGGCAAACUCUCAAUACAGGCAUACUCUGACUGCACAGUUGGAGCAUGCAAUUCGGUCAUCAAAUGCUCAGUAUGACUCCCCAGACGUCCUCCGUCGCCUUGAUGCGCGCAUGCUGGAACUCAGCCAUGGUGAGAUUGGCUGGGACUGUUUCACCCUUGAGUAUAAGAUAGACGCUCCCGUCGAUGUGGUGAUUACCCCGUGGGGCUCUACGCAGUAUCUGAAGGUCUUCAAUUUCCUCUGGAGGGUGAAGCGCGUCGAGUUCGCCCUAGCUAGUACCUGGCGGCGAUUCAUGACUGGGGCCAGAGGGGUACUAGGCAGUGUUGACGAUAAAGUUGGUCCAGACUGGAAGCGGGCACGAUGCGCUGUCGCGGAAAUGAUCCACUUCAUCUGUCAGCUACAGAACUAUAUUUUGUUCGAAGUCAUUGAAUCCAGCUGGGAUCAGUUACAAGCUGCCGUCUCAAAACCGGGGUGUACCCUCGACGAUCUUAUCGAGGCGCAUACCAAGUAUCUUAACUCUAUUACACACAAGGGUCUUCUGGGAACAUCCUCCUCGUCGAGAAGCUCGUCAUCAUCGAAGCACCAGGAAGAAAGCUUCCUGUCGCAGCUGCACCAGAUUUUGAAAACCAUGCUUUCCUACAAAGACGCUGUUGAUGGACUGUAUUCCUUCUCCGUUGCAGAAUUUACCCGAAGGCAAGAGGUCAAUGCGAAGAUUGAAACGCGCACUGCCCAGGGACGAUGGGGUAUCACAGAACGUGAUUUAUUCCCUCCUGGCCGGCGCAUGCACACGCGGCAGAGCUCACUGUCUUCACCUUCUUCUCUUAUCGCCACACCGAUCCUCUCCAAUGCGCAAGAUGAUGUCGACACGCCGUCUUCCCUCGCCAAUCCUGACAUGUCCGCAGACGACCGGAUGCUUGCUUCUUUACGUAUUCGACUCCGGGAUCUCUCGGCGGAGUUCCGUGCACGAUUGAACGUUCUCCUAGGAGAUCUCGCGUAUCAACCGGAUGUCGAUAUGCGGUUCCUCGGCGUCGUCAUGAAUUUUAAUGAUGUGUACCAGCCGGUCCGACGGAAGAGAGCACCAGCCUCGAGUUCAAGAGAUAAGGAUAAAGAUCGGGCAAGACGGAAGCUCGCUGCGUCUGGAUCUGGGUCUGGGUCUGGUGGAAGUGUGGCAGAUGGCAGGGGGAUGAAGAAAGAGAGCACGAACACAAAGGAUACUGGUGUUACUGGGAAGGGGAGUCCAGCUGGAGCAGGUUCUUAAACUUCAGCUUUCAAAGGAAUAUUUUUAUAAUUGCUCACUUUCUAGAUGGGUGCUGAUGGGAUAUAGUGAUGAUUUCAUGAUGUUCAUUCCAUAUCCAAGGGGGGUUGGAGGCGUUCUGUUCUGCCCUGUUCUUCUUUUCUUCUGCUUUGCCCUUAAUUUCUGAUUCUAUCUAUUGUAUUAUUUGUGCAUAUAUCAAUAGAGUUGAGGAGAAUUAUUAGAUUCUUGAUAUUUAGCUGGAU